UUGGGGACAGGGAGUCCGGUGUUCGGGCGCGCUGGGAAGGUGCCGGAAGAGGGGGAGCGCGCACCUCUCCCGAGCGGGCUGGGGAGGGACUAGCCUAGGGACUCACCCAGCCGGAAGCCCUCCCCUCGGAGCGGCCCGCCCUUUGUCUGUGUUGGAGGCCGGAAGCGAGCGAAGUCGGCCAACUGGGACUUGGGGAAGACCCGGGCGUUCAUUCCCUGCGCCCCCAACUCUGGACCGCGCGCUCCACUACAGUGCUGGGGGCUAUGGGUGCUCUGUGCCGCCGACCUCUUGUCCUUCUGGAGCCCCCUCUGGGGCUGGGGCUGCUGCUACUGCUCCUGUACCGACUGGCUCCGUGUCGCGCUUCCCCGCGGCUCUUGGACCACCCGGCACCAGUUUGCUCCCAGCAGGGGCUAAACUGCACAGUCAAGAAUAGUACCUGCCUGGAUGACAGCUGGAUCCAGCCUCAAAAAUUGACCCCCUCAUCCCCAAAAGAUGUCCAGGUUCAGCUGCACUUUGCCCACACCCAGCAUGGAGAUACUGUCCCUGUGGUUCAUAUUGAAUGGACACUGCAGACAGAUGCCAGCAUCCUCUACCUGGAGGGUGCAGAGCUAUCUGUCCUGCAGCUGAACACCAAUGAGCGUUUGUGUGUCAAGUUUGAGUUUCUCUCUAAACUGCAGCAUCAUGACAAGCGGUGGCAUUUUACCUUUAGCCACUUUGUGGUAGAACCUGGCCAGGAAUAUGAAGUGACCAUUCACCACCUGCCCAAGCCCAUCCCUGAUGGGGACCCAAACCACCAAUCCAGGAACUUUCCUGUGCCAGACUGUGAGGACCCCAGGAUGAAGAUAACCAGGCCCUGUGUGAGUUCAGGCAGCCUGUGGGAUCCCAACAUCACUGUGGAGACCUUGGAAGCCUACCGGCUGCGGGUGAGCUUCACUCUGUGGGAUGAAACUACCCAUUACCAGAUCCUGCUGAAAAUCCCACGCACAGAGAAUCAGAGAUGUUUCAAACACAUAUUGGAUAUACCUGCGCCCACACGAGAGGACUCCCACCAGCGAUCCAAUGUCACGCUCACUCUACCAAACUUUAAUUGGUGCUGCCACCACCGAGUGCAGAUCCAGCCCUUCUUUAGCAGCUGUCUGAAUGACUGCCGUAGACACUCCGUGAAUGUUUCCUGUCCAGAAAUUCCAGGUAGGAAGCAGAUGUCUAUCUUGGAACACAAUUGGGCAGACCCGAUUGCAGAGUACAUACCCCUGUGGGUGUAUGGUUUCAUCACGGGCAUCUCCAUCCUGAUGGUGGGUUGCAUCAUCCUGCUGAUCCUCUGCAUGACCUGGAGGCUAUCUGGGUCUCAUCAUGAAAAAUAUGGCAGUGACACCAGAGACACAGAUGUCCUGCCCACCACUGGUCUGAUGCCCCCUCCCCUGAAGCCCAGGAAGGUUUGGAUUGUCUACUCCGCCGACCACCCUCUCUUCGUGGAUGUGGUCCUAAAGUUCGCCCAGUUCCUGCUCACUGUCUGUGGCACUGAAGUGACCCUCGACCUGCUGGAGGAGCAGAUCAUCUCAGAGAUGGGAGUCAUGACCUGGGUGGGCCGGCAGAAGCAGGAGAUGGUAGAGAGCAAUUCCAAGAUCAUCAUCCUGUGUUCCCGAGGUACCCGAGCCAAGUGGCAGGCCAUACUUGGCUGGGAAGAGCCUGUUGUCCAGCUUCGUUGUGACCACCAGCAGCUUGCUGGGGACCUUUUCACAGCAGCCAUGAAUAUGAUCCUGCCAGAUUUCAAGAAGCCAGCCUGCUUUGGCACCUACAUCGUAUGCUACUUUAGUGACAUCAGCAGUGAGAGUGAUAUCCCGGACCUCUUCAACAUCACUUCUAGGUACCCACUCAUGGACAGAUUUGAGGAGGUUUACUUCCGGAUUCAGGACCUGGAGAUGUAUGAACCUGGCCGGAUGCACCGCGUUGGGGAGCUCACAGGGGAGAAUUACCUGCAGAGUCCCAGUGGCUGGCAGCUCAAGGAAGCUGUGGAGAGGUUCCGAGAGUGGCAGGCUCAGUGCCCUGAUUGGUUUGAGCGUGAGAACCUCUGCUCAGCAGAUAACCAGGAACUUCCGUCCCUAAAUGAAGAGGUGUCUGCAGAGUGGCUACUGCCACCUGGAAGAGGGAUUGUGAAACAGGAGCCCCUGGUGCAGGAACCUGCUGCUGAGGGCCACCUGGAGGUGGCACUGCUCAUCACUGAGGAAGGCAGAGGAGUGGCCAGGCUGCAACCUAAGCUUCAGCCCCAGGGGCAGCUGGUGGCCCACACCCUUCAAACCAUGGUGCUCCCCCUGAAAGUUGUCCCUCCCACUCAAGCUGUGGAACCUGCCCCUCCUGCUAUUAGGAGCAGCACAGCCAGUCAGUUGGCCAUUGUGGAAGGAAAUGAGGCCUACCCACUGCUGGAGUGCUGUAACCCUCAGCAGAACAGUGUCCUCUUCCUCCCUAUGGACUCAGAGGACCCACCUCUCUGCAGCACCUCUAUGGCAUUACCAGACCACCUCUCAGAGGAUGUAAGGGGGCAGCUUGAAGGCUUGAUGCUCUCACUCUCCCAGAAGAGUCUGAGCUGCCAGACCCCAGAGGGGUGGGAGAGACCUGGGGAGGGGCAGCGGGAGUCAGUGCAGUCUGACCAGGGCUACAUCUCCAGGAGCUCCCCGCAACCCCCUGAUGGACUGGUGGAAACGGAGAAAGAGAAAGCAAAGCAGAACCUGGGAAAGUCUGCCAAGCAACUCUCCUGUGAGGCCCUUGAGAGCCUGAGAAGCCUCCAGCGACAACUUUUCUUCCAAGAGCUUCAGAAUAACUCUGGCUGGGACAGUAUGGAGCCAGAGAGGCCAGUUACAUAGCACCUCCCAGGCAAGAGCAUUGAGAGAAGGGAGUGUAUGUGUGUCUCUAUAUGUAUGUAUAUUCAUAUGUGAAAUGAUACCUUUAAAAUAUAGACAUCUUGAUUUUGA